AUGUCGGAGAGAGCUUACCAGAGCCUCUGGGUGGCCUCCCAUGGGACGUUGCAAGAGCUGCUGGGCGGAGAGCAGGCCCUACUGGAGGCCGUGCCAGGCCGGGAGCGCCAGGCCUUCCGGUACCGGCUCGCCGUGCUCUACCUGCGCUACCUGGGGCUCCUGCGCCGCUUCGACGCCAUCUACGACCAGAUGGUGCAGCCGCAGAAGCGCCUGCUCGUGCGGCGCCUGCUGGACAGCGUGGCGGGACGCGUGCUGGAGCUCAAGGACGAGCUGGUGCGCGUGGACCUGUGCGAGACCCACUGCCUGGAACACGUGCUGCAGGACCUCAUGCUGACCCCGGCCGACCUCGAGGUCCCAAUCCCCAAAUACUUCCAGUUGGAGCAGUCCAGCGUGGUGAAGGAGCGGCAGCAGAAGCUGGCUGAGAUCCUGUCCAGGAUGGAGGUGACCCAGGAGAGUCCUCCAGGAAUGCCCAGGACGCAGGCCGUAAUCUUGGUGCAAACCAUGGAGCGUGCACGGCAGGGCCGGCUCCGAGCUGCCUUCAUGCGAGAGAUUCGGAGAGAGGAGGACCGGGAUCGGAAGGUCUGGGAGGACACAGGGCCUAAGUUCAGUCAGGACGAGGCAGCUGUGGUCAUACAGAAGGUAUGGAAAGGUCAUGUGCAGAGGAGGCGCACCCAGCAGGACCGGCGAGCAGAGAUGGAGUUCAUCGGCAUGCUCCCUGCGUCCAGCCAGGCAGAGCACUUGGGCAUCCUGCAGAAGGCCACCCUCUGGGAGGAGAACCGGCGAGCCCUCCAGAAGGAGAUGGAGGAGGAGUUCCAAGCGGCCAAGGUGAAAGCUAGGGAAACUGUGGCUGAGACCGAGGGACCCAUCAUGAAGGAGGCAAUGAGGGAGCAAAUCCGACAGUGGUUUAUUGAGUGCCGCGCGGUCACUGGCCGGUUCCCUGAUUAUCCAGAUGAGUCAUUAGGUGGUUCCUGUGUGAUCUUUGCUGACAAGACUCCAGAGCAGGUGAAAAUGGAACUGGAGAUGCCCCAGGAGAGCAAAAUGAAGGCGAAAGAGACAAGUAAGGAGAAAGACCAGGAGAGGAAAAAAAGGAAGGAAAAUAAGGUCAAGAAAAGGGAAGUGGACACGGAGCUGAAAGUGCUGCCCUCCAAAUUUAUUCCUGGGAUCACCGCGGGACACCAGGAAUACACAAAUAUGUGGGAGAACAGAAAUGAGAGCAAACACCCCAGCCAGAGCUUUGACCCUGAGAUCCUCCGGAAGGAGAAGCAGAAGGAACUGGAAGUGGAAAUCCGUGUGCAGGUGGAUGAGCUCAUGCGGCAGGAGCUGAAAAACCUGCGUCUGGCAGUGGACAGGGAGGAUGAGAGGCCCUUGAAGACUCCAAAGAAGAAACCCGCCAAGAAAACUGGGAAGAAGAAGAAGAAGGAAAAAGACCUGACCUCAGACAGGUCCCUGGACUCACUGUACGAAGAGCUGGUGGUUUCUGGCCUUCUAAAGAAGAGUGACAGGGUGGCCUUGAAAGACUAUGUAGGAGACUGCCUGUAUCUGGGGUCUACGCUGAUGUUGGCCAACAAGCUGCCCAUGCCCUCCCUGUUUGAUGUGCGACAGAACAUGGCCUUGUAUGGAGUCCUGCGGUUGGGCUCUGCAGACAUUCACUCCCUGGCUCCCCUCAUCCGAUCUAUCCUCCUGGUGGGUCCCUCUGGCACGGGGAAGAAGAUGCUGGUCCAUGCAGUAUGCACAGAAACUGGAGCCAACCUGUUCGACUUGUCACCUGGAAACCUGAAGAACAAAUACCUUGGCAAGAGUGCAGCACAGAUGAUGAUGCACAUGGUCUUCAAGGUGGCCCGGCUGCUCCAGCCUUCUGUGAUCUGGAUUGGAGACGCUGAGAAAACUUUCUACCGGAAGAUCCCCAAAGAAGAGAGUCGGAUGGACCCAAAGCGCAUCAAGAAGGACCUGGGCAAAGCCAUGAGGCUGCUGGGUCCCGGGGACCGCGUGAUGCUCAUAGGAACCACGGGGCGGCCACAGCUGGCAGAGAUGAGGGGCUUGUGCCAGCUGUACCAGCGCAUCCUCUUCGUGCCCCGGCCUGACUACAACUCCCGCUAUGUGCUCUGGAGGCAUCUGAUAGAGGCCCGGACACAGGUGACCCCAAGCCUGGACCUCAGCGCCCUGGCCAGGGUGUCUGAUGGUUACACGGCCGGUUACAUCCGCAAAGCCACCCAGGUGGUGCUGACCGACCGGAGGCUCCUGCUGUUGCCCCGGUGGCCUUUGGGUGCCUCCGAGUUCCUGGGGCAGCUGGCAAAGCUGGACCCAGUGUACUAUGAAGAGGAGGAAACCUUGAAGGACUGGUACUUCAAGACCCCACUGGCCAAGAAGAACAUGAAAGUUAGCAAGGAGCAGCUGCAGGCUGAAGAGGCCAAACUAGCCAAGGAGAAGAAAAAGAAAUGAAAGCUGGGCCUGAUGGUACCUGGGUCAGGCAGCAACGAUGGACAGGCCUGGAGCCUAACAGAUAGGCAGAAGCAUAAAGGCCAGGGUGGCGGGGACACCGUGUCUCAGCCAUCCAUCUGUUCCUGCGCCAUGCCACCCUCUCUCUGCCCUGCCCUGCCCUGCCCACCUCCACCUCCCUCUGCCCUCAGCCCACAUCCUGCCUUCGGGCCAUUGCCCGAUCCUUGUCACCAUCCUGUGCCAACCUCCAGCUCCCUUGCACCUUGAAGUGCUUGAAGGAGAAAAGAUAGCAAGGAAGGAAGGAGGGAAGGAGGGAGGGAGAAAAGAGGAGGUGGGGAGAAGGAAGGAAUGCAGUGAGGAAAGAGAAAAGCCAGCUGUUCCUUCUUUUCACCCUGCUGCCAUGGGCUCCCUAGGUGACCUGGGCCUUGGUUUCCACACUUUGAAAGUUUGGGAGAGGUUGCUCCAGCUGCUCUCUGAUUUCCCUUCUGGCUCAGAGUUCCACUGGUCUAGAAGACAAGUUUGUGGAGUCAGGGAGGGAGGGAGGUGCUUGGGUGGCCGUGGGGCACAGAGGGCCCUUGGGCCAGGCCAGCGUAUGGGUGGAACCUAUGCCCCCUUGUGCCUGUCACCACCUCCUUCCCCCAGAGACCUUCGUGCCACCCCAUCUGCUCUGCACCCUGUGUCCCACCACCAGCAGGACACAGCUCCUGCUUGGGGCAUAGGGGUGUCUGGGGGUCCCCUUUGCUGGGGACAGAGUGGCUCAGAGGACAGAGUGGACAGAGGAUAGGCUGGGCCAGGGAACUCUGGGGAGCCCCAUUGCUCUCUGGGAAGAGUUGAAUAGGUGGGAACCUGGCAAACAGCUUCCUUCUCUGGGCUGUCUUCCCGUUCUGCUCCUCCCAGCUGGGUUCUGGGGCAGGGCCAGCAGGGGCUAUUUAUGGGA